AUGAUGCUUGGGGGUGUGGCCUAUUAUUCGUCACGAACUACGCUUGCUGGAGAUGUUUUGCGGUGUUCAGGUUUGCUAUGA